AUGCCAUCAUCGUCAUCGUCGUCGUCGUCGUCGUCGUCGCCAUCUUCGUCGACAACGCUGACGUCGAGCGCGCUGUACAGGUCCGGACACCCAAACGAACGGAACGAGCCGUUUCUGUCCACCCUGGGCCUCCGCACCAUCAUUUAUCUCGCCACGGACCAGGUCCGCCCGAAUUUGUCCCAAUUCGCCAGCUCGUCGGGGAUACGACUGGUGCACGUUGAACUCAACGUCAACAAAGAGCCCUUUGCCGAGAUGGAUACCGAAUCGGUGCUGAGUGCCCUCGACGUGAUUCUCGACAAGCGAAACUUGCCCUGCCUGGUGCACUGCAACAAGGGCAAGUACCGCGUAGGCGUCGUCACGGCCAUCAUCCGCAGGCUCCAAGGAUGGAGCCUGACGAGCAUCUACGAUGAGUAUGCCAGAUUUGCAGGCGGCGAUCGGGUGGCAGAUGAAGAGGUGAGCUUGGCGAUGGAGUACUUCAGACAGGGAAGACAUAGAGAAAGAAAAAGAGAGACUCAUUGUGAAGGGACGGCUUGCCUUGACAAAGUUCAUCGACAUGUUCCCGCUCCAUCGUGUCAAACGACCCGACCCGGCUCAUGCCCCUGA